AUGCAAAAUAAUUACUCUUAUGACAUGUCUUAUAAUCCUCUUUUGCAACAACAAAUGAUGGUAGGUUCCCCUUACAUGCCACAGAAACCAAAUCCAUAUGGAUCCCAAAAUGGUUUCAGUAGUUUUGGUGGUGUCCCUUCUAAUCCUGGUGCUCAAGGUCCUCCAAUGAACCCAAGUCAAUUUGCCAAUAGCAUCCCUAUGGGUCAGCUCCAUAUGGAAAGAAAUGAUCAGUUCAACAACUCUAAUGCGCCUUAUAUGCAAGAGGGCUACCCUCCUCAUGAUUUCAAUGAAUACAACAUGACCAAUAACUUUGCCAACUCACAAAGCAGUUUAAAUGAAAUCCACAACCUUAACAGCAAUGGUAUUGAUGGAGGAAUGAACAAUAUGGGAUCUUAUGGGGAUUCUGCCGGCGAUUUACACAGCAUGAACUCUGGAUUGAAUAGUUUGGGUGCCAAUUCUGGCUCUUUGGCUAACAUGCCUCCUGGGGACGCCGCGUCUCCAAACAUUAACCAGCAAAAUCCUGUUGGCCAACAGAGAGCAAACUCCUUCAUGGGUAACCCAGGUAAUGACUUGAUAGGUACUAGUGCUCCUAGCCGUACAGUCUACUUAGGAAAUGUUCCUCCUGAUAUCACCCCUGAAGAAUUAUUGAACCAUGUCAGAAGUGGUAUCAUUGAAAAUGUGAGAAUUUUACCAGCGAAGAUGUGUGCCUUUAUUUCCUUCAUUGACGAAAGCUCAGCUUUAUUGUUCCAUUCUGAUGCCAUUUUGAAACGUCUCACCAUUAAAAGCAAUGAUAUUAGAAUCGGCUGGGGUAAAUCCACGCAAAUUGCUCCCGCAGUUUUGAACAGUAUUCAAAGAGAUGGAGCUACUAGAAAUGUAUAUUUGGGUAACUUGAAUAAAGAUAUAACUCUGGAAGAAUUGAAACAAGAUUUGUCAAAGUUUGGCCAGAUUGAUACUAUCAAGAUUUUACCUGACAAAGGGGUUGCCUUUGUUCACUUUUUGAGCAUUUUGAGUGCCGUUAGGGUCGUCCAGCAAUUGCCUUUAGAGGAGAAAUAUGUCAAUAAGAAAGUCUUUUAUGGUAAAGAUAGAUGUGCAUUCAUCACCAAAACUCAGCAGCAUAAUGCUGCCCAAUAUCUUGGUUUGGCACCUGGUAUGGAACACUUGGUAACUGCGGCAGACAGAGAUUUCAUUUCUAAUGCGUUAGUUCAGCAGUCUGCUGCUGCUGCUGCAAUUGCAACCAGUGCAGGCGGGGCGAACAACUUGGGUAACAGAACUGUUUACUUGGGAAAUUUGCACCCAGAUUCGUCUAUCGAAGAAAUUUGUAAUGUUGUCAGAGGUGGUUUAUUGCAAACAAUCAGAUAUUUAUCCGAAAGACACGUUUGUUUCAUAACUUUUAUUGAUCCAAUUGCUGCUGCACAGUUUUUUGCCAUGUGUCAUUUACACGGAUUAACAAUCCACAACAGAAGAGUUAAAGUUGGUUGGGGUAAGCACUCUGGCCCAUUGCCAAAUCCAAUCGCAUUGGCAGUAUCCUCUGGUGCCUCAAGAAACAUUUACAUCGGUAACAUCGAAAGAGAUUUGGAAACUUUAUUCAACGAACCAAAGUUGAGACAAGAUUUCAGUAAAUUUGGGGAAAUUGAGCAAAUUAACUUUUUGCCAGAGAAGAAGUGUGCGUUUGUAAAUUUCACAAACAUCGCUAAUGCUAUCAAGGCUAUUGAUGGAAUCAAAAUGAAUGAUGAUUACAAAAAUUUCAAGAUCAAUUACGGUAAAGAUAGAUGUGGUAAUAUGCCAAGGCAAUUUCAAUCUCUUAACAGCAAUUCCGUCGCUGCCAAUGGUACUUUAGCAGGUAUCCCUGGCGCAGGUGUUGCCACCCCCGAUGCUCCCUCCUCUGCUGGUUUCCCAGACUCUGUUGCCAGUGAUAUUGGUGCUUCUCCCGCUCCUAUCAUCUCUUUGGAUUCUGUAGGUAAUCCUAGCGAUAUUUCAGCAGAAGAAGCAAAUGGAACUGCCUCGGAAGUAGACCUCACUACCGAUGUUUGA